CGCCCGCGGCUCCCGAUGGAGACUGACGCGCCCCAGCCCGGCCUCGUCCCGGACUCGCCACACGACCCCUGCAAGAUGUUCAUCGGAGGACUCAGUUGGCAGACCACGCAGGAAGGGCUGCGCGAAUACUUCGGCCAGUUCGGGGAGGUGAAAGAGUGUCUGGUGAUGCGGGACCCCCUGACCAAAAGAUCCAGGGGUUUCGGCUUCGUCACUUUCAUGGACCAGGCGGGGGUGGAUAAAGUGCUGGCGCAAUCUCGGCACGAGCUCGACUCCAAAACAAUUGACCCCAAGGUGGCCUUUCCUCGGAGAGCACAGCCUAAGAUGGUCACUCGAACUAAGAAGAUCUUCGUGGGGGGGCUGUCUGUGAACACCACGGUAGAAGACGUGAAGCACUAUUUUGAGCAGUUCGGAAAGGUGGAUGAUGCCAUGCUGAUGUUCGACAAAACUACCAACAGGCACAGAGGGUUCGGGUUUGUCACGUUCGAGAGUGAGGACAUCGUAGAGAAAGUGUGUGAGAUCCACUUCCACGAAAUCAACAACAAAAUGGUGGAAUGCAAGAAAGCUCAGCCAAAGGAGGUGAUGUCCCCGACGGGCUCAGCCCGGGGCCGGUCUCGAGUCAUGCCCUACGGGAUGGACGCCUUCAUGCUGGGUAUUGGCAUGCUAGGUUACCCAGGUUUCCAAGCCACGACCUACGCCAGCCGAAGUUACACAGGCCUUGCCCCUGGUUACACCUACCAGUUCCCCGAAUUCCGUGUAGAGCGGACCCCUCUCCCGAGCGCCCCAGUCCUCCCCGAGCUUACAGCCAUCCCUCUCACUGCUUAUGGUCCGAUGGCGGCAGCGGCGGCGGCGGCAGCUGUAGUCCGAGGGACAGGUUCUACUCCCAGCCGCACAGGGGGCUUCCUGGGGACCACAAGCCCCGGCCCCAUGGCUGAGCUCUACGGGGCAGCCAACCAGGACUCGGGGGUCAGCAGUUACAUCAGCGCCGCCAGCCCCGCCCCCAGCACUGGUUUUGGCCACAGUCUUGGGGGUCCCUUGAUUGCGACAGCCUUCACCAAUGGGUACCACUGAAGCAGGGAGGAGGCGGCAGGAGCACCCCAGCCUGCAGCUGACUGAGGACCAGAGUGAGACAGCAAGGGGAUUGGGACACCUCAGCCGCAGCCCGGCCCCUUCGCUGCAACUCGGACCGCUACUGCCUGCCCCCCAACCCCUGGGCCCAGCCCCCGCCCUGCCAUCCCCAACGUCUGGCUCCCCUACUAACCUCCCCUGUUCUGACCUUGCCUCUUCUCCCCCCACCAACCCACCUCUCUCCCUGUUCGCUUUUAUUUAUUUUGGAUUAGCCAGUUGCCCUCCCCGCACCAGGUCUGCCCUCUCGGGUCUGCCCCAUUCCCUCCCUGCUGCCCCCUUUAGGACACCCCCCAGGAAGGCUUUUGUAUCUGAAUAGCUGGAGGGCUGGCAGAGGGGGCCUGUUCCAGACUGAGGCCCCUACCCGUUUCGUUUUUUUGUUUUUUAUUCUGGCUUUUCCCUCUUUAUUCUUUUUUUUUAAGAAACUGUUUUUAAACUAUUUCUAGGUUUGUGAAUGUGAAGCCCCAGGCCGCAGGGGGCAAGGGGCCAGGUGCCCCCCCACCAGCUGAGAAGAAAGUGUCUAUGUGGGUGUGGGUGCCUGGCCUCCUCCCUCCAGCUCGGGAGAGGAGGGCAGGGCUGCGGGGUAGGCCAGGCCGAGCCCCUGGAACCAUCCCGUCCUGUAUCAUAUGUAAAUACUGUGAGGUGAAGCCCUACCCCACCCUUCUCUAAGACCCCUUGGGGUAACAGCAUUUGCCUGACCCCACAGGGCUAAGGUUCCCCCUCCCUCCCCGUCUCUGUCCCUCCCUCCUCGGACACCAUUACUGUAAGCUUGCAGACCUCAGCUCUGGCCACGGCAGGUCCACACUCUCAGGCCCUCCCCAGGUUCAAGGCCUUGGGCGGACUCUCCCCAAAAACCCCCGGUUGGGGGGUAAGGGGCCAGGGAAGAGGAGGGUCUGCCUAGAGCCACUGCUGGGAAGGAGUUAGCUCUCCAAAGGCCCCUCCUGGCCCCUGCCUGGGUGGGACCUUCAUGGUUUCUGCUCUGAGCCCCCCCACCAUGAGGAGACGGCAUCGGGAAACGCUUCAGCAAGUAGAUACCAGGAAAGCAAAGGGCUUCUCAGGGAACCCCCAAAUUCUCACUGAAGUUUCCCACCAGGACAGUCCCGCGACCAGAGCCCUUGCUAACCCCCUACCUACCCUGGAGCCCCUUUCAGAGGAAAGAGAUGGGGCUCAGGGUGUGAACGUGAAGUGAGACCUGGCGUGGCAGGGCUGAGUCUACCUGCUGUCACCCCCUCUCUGUCCCUCCCGAGGCUGGGGGCUCACGCCGCCUUCCCCAGCAGAGCCCCCAGCCUUCAAAGCCCCCUUUGGAGAGUCACUGUCCGUGUGAGGCGCUCACUCAACCGAUAAGCCCCGGGAACUCAAAGCAAUAAUCUUCAUCACCGAGACGCACGGCUGUUUGUUGUUGGGUUUUUGGUUUUUUGGGUUUUUUUGUUUUGUUUUGUUUUGUUUUUAAUAUUUCCUAAUUAAAGAGAAGCUGCAUUUUAUCGGAUUUUAUCUUUUAAUUUUUCUACACAUCUGAGCUGAGCCCCAGGAGACUUUGGCUUCCUUUUUUUUUUUUUUUUUCUUUUUCUCCCCAUCCCUGGACCCUCUCACCCCACUGGGCCUAACUGGGUUCAGGGACCUGGAUUUACAUUUCUGAUUCAUUCGUUUGAGGAAAAAAAAAAAACAACUUUCUUUUUAAGAUGUUACAUGGUGUUUUGAAGCCAGCAAGUUCCACCCUCGGUGUCUUCUUCCCUCCGCAUCUGUAACUUCUUUUCCAGGUUUUAUUUUGUUUUAAAUUCCUAAUAAAUUAUUUGAAAACAG